AUGGUUCAGACCAUCCGAACAGUAUCCAGCUUCGAAGCCGCGAGCGACACAAGCUCCGACACCCACUCUCACAAUUCCGCCUUCUCAAGCUCCGUAAACAGUAACGUCAGCGCCGCCAGCAUGUCAUCGAAUCACCAAACUAGGACGCCCGGCGUCAAGUUAAAACACGACUGGAACGGCGGUGACUCCACCGCCAUGAAGGUACGUGAGGAAACGCCGCCCAUUGCAGACGACGACGAGAACGUCGUCGGCGGGACGCCCGACACCCAGGGUUCGGGAUGGGACUCGACCAUCGGCAAGGCGGGGCUAGGCAAGACGGGACGGGUCAUCAACAAGCUCGUCAGCGACAACGAGUCCCUCAAGCGCGACAUUCAGAUUGAGCGGUUACGCGCCGAGGAGGCCAAGCAGGCGGCCAAGCUUGUCGAGGACAAGAUGGAGCGCCUCAUCAGCGACUACGAGAGCCGCCUUCUCGAGGCGAGCGUCACCAAGACCCUCCUCAGCCGCAAAGAGCGCCAGGUCGAGACUCUCAACGCCAAUGUUGAGCUCGAGAAGAAACGCACCGCCGACGCCCAGGAGCGAGAGCGCUCGUGGCGCGAUGAGAUGGAGAAGAUGCGUGCUACCACCACCAAGCAGGUUGAAGAUGCAAAUGCGUACGCCGCUCUCAUGGAGGGCCGCUACAACGCCAUCAGUUCUCACUGGAAGGACCAGGGCGACGAGGUGAAGCGCGCGCACCUGAAGCUGCGGGCCGAGAUUGCCGGGCUCGUCGAGGAGCGCCGCCGCGACGACGAAAAGAUCGCCGCGCUGCGGGACCUGUGCGACCAGCAGGACGGCAACAUCAAAGAGCUUCGGCGGCAGAAAGACGAGAUCGAGAAGAAUUUUGAGGCUUAUAAGGCGCACCAGGAGUUCCUGCUCAAGGACAUCAAAGCGGGUGCGGCCGCGAGGGACGCCGAGCAAGAAAGGCUACUCGAAGAGACAAGGUCGACGUUAGCGAGGCUGAAAUGGGCGUUAAACGUCAAGGAAAACGUCAAGGACCUUUUGCAAUGA